UGUUUCGACGGCGUGUGCUGCCGCCGCCCUAUGAGCAUUACUAAAAUACAGCUGCGGAGAUGCUGGUUUCCCCCUCCUCCAUCCGCGCCCUCGCCUUCCAUCGCCGCCCCCACCCUCUCACCCGCUUCCCCCAGCCGCGGCCGCCUCCACGCCCCAGCCCUGCUCCCCCCGCGUGCUCUGCCAUGGCCUUCUCCGCGGAGCCGGCGCGCGAGGAGGCCGACGAGGAAGCUCUCCCGGCCGUCACCGGCUCCGGCGGCGGCGACGAGGUGGCCCCGGAGGAGUGGAGGCGAUGGGGCACCUCCUCGCCGCUCCCGGCCAUGGUGGCCAACGUCGUCCGCGAGCUUCUCGAGAUGGAGGCCGAGGCCGGCGAGAAGAUGCGCUUCGGCGGCGUCGGCUCCAAGAUUAAGGGUGAUUUCAAAGACAUGGAGGACAAGAAGCACAGAGCUGUCUACGAGACGCUCGCCGACUCGGACAAGAAGCUGCAGUACUUCUCUGCGCGCCAGAUUGCUUGCCGCUUGCUAGGGAGUAGAGGAUAUCUGUGCCAGAAGUGUUGGCUACCAAUGGAAGAUUGUAUGUGUGCAAAGCUUGGUUCUUGCAAUCUAUGGCAUGGCAUUAGAUUCUGGCUAUAUAUGCAUCCAAAGGAUUUUUUGCGCCAAAACAACACUGGAAAGUUACUCUGGCAAAUAUUUGGCAUCCAAGCUGCACCCUUGUGUCUCUUUGGCAUCCAAGAGCAUGAAGACAUCAUGUGGGAUUCAUUCCAGCGUUCAGGAAAGGGAAAGGUUUCGUUUCUGUAUCCAAACAAGAGUACAACCCCCAUGUCUGUCAAAGAUCUUAAAUUCAAUGGUUUGACCUUGAGUUGUGACCAUCAGGAGGAGGAUGUGAAAGAUGGGCCCUUUAACUUUGUUUUGCUUGAUGGUACAUGGAGUAAUUCUGCUGCAUUGUACAGAAGGUUGAAGGAGAGAUGGACUGCAAUAUGGGGAGAGGAAGACAUACCUUGCAUCUCACUGUCUACACUUCGUGCCUCAGUGAUGCAUAAACUAAGACCGCAACCAGCGUGGGAUCGUACAUGCACUGCAGCAGCAGCUGCUGGCCUCCUCUGGGAGUUGGACAUGCGGUCUGAGCUCAGUGCCUUUGAGUUGGGAAAUCAAGCUGAGGCUGUGGAGUGUUCAUUGGAUGUUUUACUUGAUGCUCUCACAGCUCGGCGUCUUCGACUGGGACGAUCUAUAACUCGAAAACAGAGGCAUAACAGGAACUGCAUAUAGUGUCGUGCCUAAAGCCCUAGGUUCAUCUUUGUAGAAUAGGAAAGCUGACUACAUAGUUGCAGCGUUUUCCUUUCCUUUUUUCGGGGUCACUGGUAAGUGCUUAAGUAUGAAAAACAUUCCUUUUGCAUGAAAUUAAUCUGGAGAAUGCCUUCUAUGUUUUCAGCUGUGUGAUAUUAACAACAGACUGAAACGGCAAACUAAGGCUGAAGAUUAUUCCUUUUUGGCAGGAAAUUAAUCUGGAGAAAUCCUCCUUUGUUUUCAGCUGUGGCAAUGCUAACAGACUGAAACGGCAAAUUAGUUGCAUAUUUGUAAAACAUGUGUUUUGUAUCUUUAGGAUAAACUGUACGAUGUUAUUGUGCUGAAAAGAAUCGGAAAUAUACAAAAUUUCCUACAA